AUGUCUGAGUCUUUGCUAAGACCUGCUGGCAGCCAUGGCGGACUUAAAGAAAAUACCAUAAUUGUAGUACUUGGGGCAUCCGGUGAUUUAGCGAAGAAAAAGACCUUUCCAGCUCUUUUUGGCCUUUAUCGAAACCAGUUCCUCCCAAAUGAUAUACAAAUUGUUGGAUACGCUCGAACUAAGAUGGACCACGAAGAGUUUCUGAAACGAGUCAAGUCCUACAUUAAGACACCAACUAAAGAGCUAGAACAACAGCUGGAAGAAUUCUGCAGUCUCUGCUCCUACGUCUCAGGCCAAUAUGAUAGCGAUGAAUCUUUCAUGCGUUUACGAGAUCAUCUUGAGGAUCUUGAAGAGGACAGAGAAGAGUCCAAUCGAGUUUUCUAUAUGGCUUUACCGCCAAGUGUUUUUACAUCUGUCUCUCAGCAGCUAAAAAGAAACUGCUAUCCUGAGAACGGAAUCGCUAGGAUCAUCGUCGAAAAGCCAUUUGGUAAAGAUCUUGCAAGUUCUAGAGAGCUCCAAAAAGCAUUAGAGCCCAACUGGAAAGAAGACGAAAUUUUCCGCAUCGAUCACUAUCUUGGAAAAGAGAUGGUUAAGAACAUUUUAAUUCUCAGAUUUGGUAACGAAUUUUUUGGAGCUACGUGGAACCGAAAUCACAUAGAUAACGUCCAGAUAACAUUCAAGGAACCAUUUGGCACCGAAGGCCGGGGAGGCUAUUUCGACGAGUUCGGAAUCAUUAGAGAUGUUAUGCAGAAUCAUCUACUUCAGGUUCUAACUCUACUCGCCAUGGAAAGACCAAUCUCCUUUUCCGCAGAAGAUGUUCGUGAUGAAAAAGUACGGGUCUUGCGUGGGAUUCCUGCUAUCGAGCCCAAAAACGUAAUAAUUGGUCAAUAUGGUAAAUCUCUUGAUCGGACCAAACCAUCAUACAAAGAGGACGACACUGUUCCAAAAAACUCUCGAUGUCCAACAUUUUGUGCCAUGGUGGCGUUUAUCAAAAACGAGCGAUGGGAUGGAGUUCCAUUUAUACUUAAAGCCGGAAAAGCUUUGAAUGAACAGAAAACCGAAAUUCGCAUACAGUUUAAGGAUGUCACAUCUGGUAUCUUUAAAGAUAUUCCCCGAAAUGAGCUUGUCAUGCGGAUUCAGCCAAACGAGAGCGUCUACAUUAAAAUGAAUUCAAAACUUCCUGGGUUGAGCAUGCAGACCGUUGUGACAGAACUUGACUUGACUUAUCGUCGGCGGUUUUCUGAUUUAAAAAUACCCGAGGCCUACGAAUCGCUUAUACUGGAUGCCACAAAGGGAGAUCACUCAAAUUUUGUUCGUGAUGAUGAGCUAGACGCUAGCUGGAGAAUAUUCACACCGCUCCUUCAUUAUCUUGAUGAUAAUAAAGAGAUUGUUCCCAUGGAGUAUCCAUAUGGAUCGCGAGGCCCUGCAGUUCUUGAUGAUUUUACUUCAUCAUACGGUUACAAGUUUGCUGAUACAGCUGGAUACCAAUGGCCCACGACUCAGACUGCGCCUAAUAAACUGUAG